AUUUUAUUUCUCUUUUUUUAUCUCCUUCUACAACUUUCCUUAUUUGCUUGUCUUGGCUGUUUCCUGCGUUGGGCCAAAUUGGAUUGACCUGCAUCCUGCUGCUUUCCCCUGCGUGACCGCGUUAUGCUGGCGUCGCCCGUGUGAUUAUUCGAUUAUUCGUUCGACUACUCUCGCACACCCCCCCUUUCAAUAACUCGAACGUCACAUCCCUGUCUUGCUUGACUCAUCUCAUCUACACCUUACGCCCCCUCCUCCUCUUCUCUUUCCUUCUUUCCUCAUAAACACCCCAAUGUCCCGCCAUCCCGACGGAGAUCCCAAUCGCCGGGGCCAAUACCCUCCUCCCCCCGAUACAGAUCCGAGUCGUCAGGGUCAAUAUCCUCCACCCUCCGACGAUCCCAAUCGCUCGCGCGCUUAUCCCUACGAGCAGCCUCACUAUCCGUAUCCCCCUCAGCAGUCCUAUCCAGCUCCCCCAGAGCACGAUCGAGGCUAUUAUCCCCCUCCACCACAGUCGCAAUAUCCUGCUCCGCCACACAUGGCUGCCAUUCAUCCACACGCGCCGCAGGACUACCGGCUGCCGCCUCCUCCGGGAGCUUACCGGGCUGAUCCAUAUCAGCAGCCUCCCCCGCAACAACAGCCGAUGCCAUAUCAUGCUGCUGCUCCACGCCAGCGAACUGCUAUUGCCUGCCGGUACUGUCGUCGACGCAAGAUUCGCUGCUCGGGAUUCGAGAACUCUCCCGAUGGACGAUGCACCAACUGCCAGCGCUUCAACCAAGACUGCAUGUUCACGCCUGUCUCUUCCCAGGCGCAAGCCUUUGUCCCAGCGCACGCCGCCUAUCCUCACCUGCGCCCCGGCAACAAUGUCAACGGCCAGCCUCCCCCAGGUACAAUCCUCUACGGGGCCCAUGGGCAGCCUCUACCUCCUAGCUCGGCCGUGCAAGGCCCUGACACCACCUUGCCGCCGCCCCAAGGGAUGUACGCGCAUCCGUAUAGCCGAGCCCCCGCUGACGGUCCCCCACCGCCCCUUGCGCCGACUAUGCCGGAUCCGAGACAACGCCGCGGCUCUGGCACGGGCUUCGAUUAUCCUGAGCCGGCCAAUCUAGCUCCCGUUACACCCGCCAGUUCCACUCCCGGAUACCAGACCCACACUGCUCCAAGCCCGUACUAUGGUCACCCUCACGACCAGCGCACCUCGCCCCAGGCCGCCUACGCCUACGAGCAGCCACGUCAUUCGACUUCACCGCACGGCUCGCCGUAUGCGCCAAUGGCUGCCCCUCCGGCAGGCCAAACACCCCCUCCCACCUCGACUCCUGGCGGUUCCCAGCGCGCCGGCCUCAAUGUUCGCGACAUGCUGAACCCCGGUGCAGACGGUGACUCCCAGGGUCGUUCCAGUACCGAUAGCGAUAUGCUCAACCAGCUGAAUCGCCGCGGCCUUCGGUAAAUGCUACCUGAAAGGGCUAUUGCAGGGGGACCUCAUUAAGAGGGACGGCGCGCAGGACGCGACGGGAAUGCGGGAAACCCGGAGGAAUGGUCAGAGACCGUGUGCUGGCCACACGGUUGGAAUUACCAUGUGUUGAAUUGCGCAUUACUUAGAGAGGGAGGUAGCGUGGUCUGAUCGGAGCAAUACGGUCGAACUCAGUUCGUCAACAAUUUCUCGCCGCUGGAAUAUUUGUCCUCGUCAUCCCUUUGAUCGCGCACGUACCUUUGCGAACGCAGGGGGGGGGCCAUCGAUAGCCUUGCACGGGCAGUCGACAAUCUCUAUCUUUUUGGAAGUCAUUUGGAAUGAGACGCAAAGAUUCUUGAGAGAACCAUUCGGGUACUUUGAAGCGCAGCCCGACGGAAAUGUGAAAUGGGCGAAAAAUGGACGACGACCAAUCUUACUGAUUUGCCUCGAUCCGACCACGAAGGCAUGAAAGAAAACGCGGACCCACGAGCUUUACGAGCCGCACGACGUUAUACACCGAGAAUGAUAGGCCGCGAGGCUUUGGAUAUCGGUAUACGACAUUUUAUUGUUAUACAUUUCGAUUCUUUGAUUUAAACCGUGGAGGAGGACUCGAGUCUUGGGACGACCUGCCGUUUGGCUACCGACAGAUCAGCCGGCACUUUGCAGUAUUGCGAAAUACUCGAAUCCAGCCUUGAUUCUCGAUGCACAGGCAGGACUUCGACUCUGAUCCAACACUCGACGAACCCUACACACCUACUUUCGCUCGAUUCUGUGAAUACCACUUCAUUAACGGGCGGCAACAACCACAUUUUCAAUUGUCACAAAUUUCGGGAGGCUAUUUGACUUUGCACGUUCUGCGUUCUGGUUCGGCUAUUUUUUUCUCCAUUAUUCCGCGUUCCCUUGCUCUAUCUCCUUUAUUUCGUACAUCUAUAUCAUCCAUCAGGGAAGGCAAUCUGAUUUCUUGCGUGUUGGUGGUCCCCUGUUUGCGACAAAAGAUGGUCGGCUGUGUGAACUUUUUUUUGAAUGUUUUUGCGUCUUGUCUGGUUCAUCUGGUUUUUGCGUUUUCUUUGAUAUUUACCACCUGGGAGGCUGUCUGAUCACUCUUUUUAUGAGUUUUUAUCUUUUGCAUGCGUUUUUUAUGCUUUGAUGUUUGAUGCUAUAUCUUUCUUCGUCGGUUAAGCGCCUUAUCUCGAUUGAAUACGAUGGUGUCACAAUCGUGGAAUGCGGUUGUCUGGUUGGACUCUCUGUUUCCCGUAACAAUUUUUUAGGCUAUGCGGGCAAGUAUAUAAGAUGGACUCGAUCGCACUUAUUUUAUUAAAUCAGGACGUGCUCGAGCCUAUACAGUGGGGUAUCAUAAGUUUGAAACCCCGACAAAUUUGGAAAAACAUAUUUGCAGUCAGUCAC